AUGUAAAAGUAAACAAUAAUUUAUAUUUAUUAAGAGAUGAUGUGGAAUUUACCUUAAAGUGCUUUUGUUUCAAGUACCUUUACUAAAACUUAUUUAUUCUUCUUUUUACACUAUUUCAGUAUAAGAGUGCCCCCAUGGCUUUACCACUUUUAUUAACUAUACUAAAUGAAAUAGUAUAAUUGUUAAAAUUUACUGAAGGGAAAACUUAGAAGAAAUUUGAUCACCUUAUUCACAUCUUACUCUAAGUAAAGAUCUUCUAUUUUUAGAUUUAUCUCAUAAUCAUUUAUUAUCUAGAUCUAAACUAUUACAUCUACUGUAAUAUAUUUUUGAUUCUAUCCUUCAUUUUAAAUAUAAGUCAUAGUAAAAGUUCAGAAUAUUAAUUUGAACAUUCAACCAUGAUUAGAUUGGUAAUUUACUAAACCUUAUACAAUAUUAGACAAUAAUAUUCUAUCGUUUUUGUUUAAUAAUUUCUGUGUUAUGUAUAACUUUGAAAUUGAAUUCUUAUGUGAAUUGGUCUUGGACACAAGCUUUUUGGUGGUAUUGGAUGUUCCUAAGUGGUUUAGUUGGAACAACAAUCACGAUUUUAUUGAUAUUAAUUUCCAAAAUUAUCAGCAUUUAUAAUCGAUAAUAAAUUCUGAAUUAUAAAAGUGAAAGUAUUGUGUAAUUUUAACAUAAGUUAAAACUCUAAUAUGGAUUUUAUAUAUCAGUACAGUAAGUAGUUUAAUUGCUGGAGUUUGGAUUAUCAAUACCUUAAAUAUUUUAGGAGUUGAUUUAGAUGUAGAAUUUGGAGAUUAUAUUAUGUACAUUUUAAUAUCCUUUAAUGUUUUAAUCUUUAGUGUAAUUUCUAAAUAUUUGUUCAUUGAUAUUGUAUAAUUUGUUUUGUCUCUAAAUUAAAUAGAAUCUCCAGAAUCAUCUCCUAACUCUCCAUGUUAAAAUAAAAAUCAAAAAAUUAAAAAAGAACCAACAAAAGCUUAAAUAUUCUUGUAGAAAUUUUCAUCAGCCUAUUUUAGGGAAAUUAAGGAUCCUGAAAUAGUAAAAUUAAAAUUUACAAACCAUAAUGAAAUUGACACUGAACGAAAUACUAAUAAUAGAAAUGUCUAGAAAUCUUAAGAUGCUCAAUAAUAAUCUAAUAGCAAAUGUAUAAUUUGUUGUGAGAAACCUUCAAAUGCAGUUUUGAUGAAUUGUGGUCAUGGAGGAAUAUGUUACUAAUGUGCAAUUUAAAUGGCUUAGAAAAGUAAAGAAUGUUUUUUGUGCAGAUAAAACAUUUAAGAAAUUUAUGAAAUUGCAGAAAAAGAUGCAAGCAUGCUGAAAAGAGUAAUCUCAAAAACUAAAAUAUAUGUUUGA